AUGCAAGUUGAAGAGCAAAGUUAUACAUUAGAAACAUUUAACGUCGAUGAGAGAUGUGAUAAAAACAAUGAAGACAAUUUACAUUCUUGUGUAAAAAAGGCUAUACAGGCUAUAAUAAAGGAGGAGCACUACUCUAGUUAUAAAAAACGCGUAAAGCCUAUAAUCCCUGAUGGAGGAAAUUAUUUGGCAAGCCUAUAUGAAAUAGGUAUUACAGGAGAAACAGAUGACGGUGUGAAGGAAAUAAAUCUAUUUGUUAAACAAGCGGUUCCCGCAGACAAUUUGCAUGGCUUCUUGGAUAUAGAUAGAGCAUAUCUAAAAGAAGUGUUUUUCUACACUGAACUGUCCAAUAUCUUUGAUACAUUACAAAGUAAGGCUAAUGUUCCAGCGGAGUUUCGCUUCAAGUAUGUAAAAUGCUUCAAACAAUCCGGUACACAAGCAAUAAUAAUGGAGAAUCUGGCAAAGAAGGAUUUCAAAGUUCCUUAUAGAAUGGACAUAAUGCCGAUGAAAUUCGCCGAAUCUUCCGCUAAAGAACUAGCUAAAUUUCACGCACUAUCAUUUGUCAUUGAGAAAGAAAUGCCCGAGUAUUAUAAGAAUACUAUUGAAAAUGAGAAAACGGUGCUUAAUUUUAACGAUAAAUAUGUUUCUGAUACGCUGGCAACAGUGAAUUGUCUUUGCCACGGUGAUUACCGAAUGAAUAAUAUAUUAGCUAAGGAGGAGAACGGUGAAAUCACAGUAAUUCCAAUUGAUUACCAGCUCCUCUUUUACGGCUCUCCAGUGACGGACCUAAUCUAUCUUUUAUACAGUUCUGCCGAUAGUGAAUUCCGGAAAAAUCAUGAGCGACAUAUAAAAGAUAUUUAUAGAAGGACAAUGGAUGAAUUUCUGAAGUAUUUUGACAUAGAUAUGGAAAAAGUCUUUCCUACGGAGGUGUUUGAAAGAGACUUUGAAAGAAUGCGUGGUUUAGGUUUCUAUGUUACGUUAGUCUUAUUACCGAUUUGUUAUAGUGACGAGUCUAAUGUUGUUGAACCUGGAAGCGAUCUCAUAAAUAAAACUAUUCAUGUAGACAAACGAUUUCAGGAGAGAGUCGCUGGAGUUUGCGAAGAGUAUAUAAAAUAUAAAGAAAAUUAUGUCAAUGCGUAA